CUGGCUUCUUCCUUACUCCAGUCAACCUUCUUUCUUUCUUUCCUGGAUGCAGAUACUGAGAGCUUUCUCGAAGAUUCCUUUGCAACGAGCAAUUCGCUCUGUUUACAGCUCUACUAUGCCUUUUUCUCAUUCCUUAUGUCAUUUUUUCUGUCAAAAACCAGCAUCAAUGGUUUACUGCAUCGUGGAGGAAUGUUCCUGUUUUCGACUAAUCAGCUGCAAGAAUUUCUGGAUAUUCCUACUGGUUGGAAUCCUGAAAAUAAGCAGCUACUUGAUCUUGGUGCUGGAGACGGUGGAAUCACAAAGAAGCUGUCGGCGUUCUACUCAAAAGUCUACGUAACUGAAAUGUCGCAGGCACGAACUUCAGGUUUUCCAGCUGUUUAUCUUCGUUUAUUCGGGUUUAGGAGAUAUAUUACAGUAAUGUCUUUGCCGUGUGUGGUAAUGCGGUGGCGACUCCGCAAUGAAGGUUUCCAUGUUGAAGACGUCGAGCAAUGGAGUUCAUCAACACGUCGGUACGACAUAAUAUCGGCCCUUAACCUCCUCGAUAGGCACUACAAUCCACGGAAAUUACUGCGAGAUCUUCAUUCACUGGCUCUUCGAUCGAAUUGCAACGUUUUGCUAGCAGUAGUUCUGCCUAUCCAUCAAUACGUGGAAUUUCAUCCAUCCCGUAAAACUACGAAAGCCGACGAGAAGUUGGCUGUAGAAGGGCGCACUAUUGAAGAGCAGGCCUCGUUCCUGGUUGCAAGGGAAUUUUAUCCUGCAGGUUUUGAACUAGUACGAUGGACAAAACUUCCUUACCUUUGUGAAGGAGAUUACUACAAGCCUUUCUACGUCCUGAAUGAUGUCGUUUUCUUACUGCGUCCCAUGCAUACUGGUGUAGAAGAAAACUCACAAUCUGCCGAUUCUAUAUAUGUACAUCAUGAGCUAUAA